GAGCAUCUAUUCUUGCAGAUCAUCUUCUUUUCUUCCUUUGGAUACUCCAUCAAACGCGGCUACGUUUUGUGGUUUUACCCAUAUUCGCCCUAGUCUUUCUUUGCACCCUUUUCCUCCGUGGUCACACGGAAAAGACACUUCUUUUCCCACUCUGACCAGAUCGUACGGCGCAGCUGCCUGGCAUUUCCACGGUUGUUGAAGUACGACACCGAUACACCUUUUGGAAAGCCGUAUUGAAUAUCUGUUCCACUGCGUUCUGGAUCCGCGUCUCCGCUGCCUUUUUUUUUCCUUUUGCUGUUCCGCACGUGAGCAACAGCAGCAAAACCCAGAAGUAAACACAAAAAAGAACAGGAAAAAGAUGGCCGACACAAACAGCUCUGCCAACACGAAGGCGAAGCUGAACAAGCUCAUCGUGGAGGAGCCCUACAACGACGACAACAGCGUCGUCUCGAUGAAUCCGAAACGGAUGGAGGAGCUCAACAUCUUCCGCGGCGACACCGUCAUGGUUAAAGGCAAGAAGCACCGCAGCACCGUGUGCAUCGCCAUGGAGGACGAGGAGUGCCCGCCGGAAAAGAUCAAGAUCAACAAGGUGGCCCGCCGCAACAUCCGCAUCCACCUCGGCGAUACGAUUCGCGUGGCGCCGUGCAAGGAUGUUCCGUACGGCAAUCGCAUUCACGUGCUGCCCAUCGACGACACCGUGGAGAACCUCUCCGGCGACCUCUUUGAGAACUUCCUCAAGCCGUACUUCCUGGAGUCCUACCGCCCCGUGAAGAAGGGCGACUGCUUCAUUUGUCGCGGUGCAAUGCGAUCGGUCGAGUUUAAGAUAGUGGAAGUGGACCCGGGCGACUACUGCAUCGUGUCUCCGGACACGAUUAUCCACUCCGAGGGCGACCCCAUCGUCCGCGAAGACGAGGAGGCCCUCGACGGCGUGGGCUACGACGACAUCGGCGGCUGCCGCAAGCAGCUGAACCAGAUUCGCGAGAUGGUGGAGCUCCCGAUCCGCCACCCGGAGCUCUUCAAGAACAUCGGCAUCAAACCCCCACGCGGUAUUCUGCUCUACGGCCCACCGGGCAGCGGUAAGACCCUCAUCGCGCGCGCCGUUGCGAACGAGACCGGUGCCUUCUUCUUCCUGAUCAACGGACCGGAGAUUAUGAGUAAGAUGGCGGGUGAGUCGGAGAGCAACCUGCGCAAGGCCUUCGAGGAGGCGGAAAAGAACGCGCCGGCGAUCAUCUUUAUUGACGAGAUCGACUCCAUCGCCCCGAAGCGCGAGAAGGCGCAGGGCGAGGUGGAGAAGCGUAUUGUGUCGCAGCUUUUGACGCUCAUGGACGGCAUGAAGACCCGCUCGCAAGUGAUCGUGAUGGCUGCGACGAACCGGCCAAACACGAUUGACUCUGCGCUGCGCCGCUUUGGCCGCUUUGACCGCGAGCUGGACAUUGGGGUACCGGACGACAUUGGCCGUCUGGAGAUCAUUCGCAUCCACACCAAGAACAUGAAGCUCUCCGAGGACAUCGACCUCGAAAAGAUCGCGAAGGACUCGCACGGCUUCGUCGGUGCGGAUCUUGCCCAGCUAUGCACCGAGGCGGCCAUGCAGUGCAUCCGUGAGAAACUCUCCGUCAUUGACUGGGAGGACGACACCAUCGACGCGGAGGUGAUGAAUGCGAUGUGUGUGACGCAGGAACACUUCCGCGAGGCGAUGACCAAGACGAACCCCUCUGCGCUGCGCGAGACGCACGUGGAGACGCCGAACGUGACCUGGGAGGACGUCGGCGGCCUGCUGGACGUCAAGCGCGAGUUGCAGGAGCUGGUGCAGUACCCAGUGGAGUACCCCUGGAAGUUCGAGAAGUACGGCAUGUCUCCGCCGAAGGGUGUCCUCUUUUACGGCCCCCCUGGCUGCGGUAAGACGCUGCUCGCCAAGGCGAUUGCGACGGAGUGCCAGGCCAACUUCAUCUCCAUUAAGGGCCCGGAGUUGCUGACGAUGUGGUUUGGCGAGUCGGAGGCGAACGUCCGCGACGUCUUCGACAAGGCGCGCACCGCCGCCCCUUGCGUGCUCUUCUUCGACGAGCUCGACUCCGUAGCCAAGUCCCGCGGCGGCCACGGCGACGGUGGCGCCAGCGACCGUGUUAUCAACCAGAUUUUGACGGAGAUGGACGGCAUGAACGUGAAGAAGAACGUCUUCAUCAUCGGCGCCACCAACCGACCGGACGUGCUCGACCCCGCUAUUAUGCGUCCUGGCCGUCUGGACCAGCUCAUCUACAUCCCACUGCCCGACAAGGCGUCUCGCGUGGCCAUCAUCAAGGCAAGCUUCCGCAAGUCGCCGCUCGCGUCGGACGUGGAUGUGGACCAGAUCGCCGCCGCGACCCACGGCUUCUCCGGCGCUGACCUGGCUGGUGUGUGUCAGCGGGCGUGCAAGAUGGCCAUUCGCGAGUCCAUCAACAAGGAGAUUCAGCUCGAGGAGCUCAAGAAAGCGGGCCAGUUAGACGAGAACGCUGACAUCGACCCCGUGCCGGAGAUCACGCGUGCGCACGUGGAGGAGGCGAUGCGUGGCGCGCGCCGCUCCGUGUCGGACGCGGACAUUCGGCGCUACGACAUGUUCCGGACGUCGAUGCAGCAGAGCCGCGCGUUUGGCAACACCGCCGCCCCCGCCCCGGAUGCCGGGGCUGGCUCGUCCACCGGCGCUGGCGCCGAUGCUGGCAACAGCGGCGCUGCCCCUGAAGACGACGACGACCUUUACAGCUAA